AUGAAUAGCCAUCAGGAGGAGCAAUGCUGUUUUCGUGUGGACCAGAGACUAUCUAUAAAUAGUGAACUGUGCACUGUCAAGUUCAUUGGAUACAUACCCAAUUGGCCUUCUGAACUAGCCAUUGGAAUUGAGUGGGAUCACAUUUUAAAGGGAAAGAACAAUGGGGUUUUGAAGGAUCUUCAAAUCUUCAAAUCAAAUUACUAUAUCGUUACUUCUGAUAGUGAAAUAAAAACUGGUUGCUCAUUUAUUAAAUACAAGAAGUUGGUUUCCAGCUCUUCAGCAUAUAAUGUUAAAGUUGGCAUUGAUUUUUAUUCUGCUUUGAUUGAUAAAUACACUGAAAAAACACAACUAGAUACUUCCAACAUAAAAUUUGGCAAUAAAACAGUUCUAAAUUAUGGUUUUGAUAAAUUGAUUGAGAUAAAUUCUAAUUUCAAAAAACUACCAACAAUUUCCUUGAACAAUGAACUUGUAUCCAAUGUCGAUAAUAUAAAAACGCUAAGCAACCAGGAUUUGCAAAGUCUAUUAUUACCAAAUCUUAAUAUAUUAGAUUUAUCAAAUAAUUUAUUUAGUUCUUUAGAUCAGAUCAUAGAUAUAUUAAGUUUAACACCAAAUUUACCAACUCUAGAUUUAUCGGGUAAUAGAUUUGUAUUAUUUCCUUCAAAUGGUAACUUGAAACAUAAAAUUACUACAGUGAUAAACUUAACAUUAUCCAACAAUUUAUUAUUUUUUGGAAAUUUAUUAUUUAUUUUGAACAAUUUCACAGGUCUAAAUUUAUUAAAUUUAUCUGAAAAUUACAUUUCAGUAAAUUUUCUAUCAAAUUUAAUUAAACCAGAUAUUAACCCGUUUUCUAAUAUCAAAUCUUUGAAUUUAUCAAAUAAUAAUAUAAACCAACUUCCUUGGUUUUUAUUUAAAGCCUUUCCAAACUUAUCAAUUUUAAAUUUAUCGAAUAACAAAAUCAUAUUAUCAGCACCGAAUUCUGGUAAUAAAGACAUUGAUAUAAACAAUGUUGAUAUUUAUAAUAGUUUAGUCGACUUGAAUUUGUCUUCAAAUUUAAUAAGUGAAUGGUUUGAAUUGGAUAUAAUCAAUUGGUUUUUCAAUAAUUUAAAUCAUUUAAAAAUUAAUGAUAAUCCACUUACAAUUAAUUUUAAACAAAACUUUUUAAUUAAAAAUAAAAUUAUGAAUAACAAAGACUUUGAAAUUGAGAAAAAAUUUAUUGACGAGAUAUUUAUUAAUAUAAUUUUUAGAUUUGAUAGUAAUCUCAAAAAAUUAAAUGGAAGUGAUAUAAAUAUAAAUGAAAAAAAAAAUGCAGACUAUUAUUUCAUUUCUAAAUUUAAACAAUUAUACAAUGAUCAUAUAAAACGCAAUACUAAGUUUAAUGAUAAUUAUAUUUUUAGUGAUUUUGGAUUAAAAAGAUGGGAUUUUUUAAUAGAUGAAUAUAAUCUUUAUCCUUAUUUAUCAGAAUAUAAGAAUGUUCAGUUUAAAAAUAAAGCAAUAAAUAAUUUUAAUAUUGAAAAUAACGAAAACACAUUAACUAAGGAUUUAAUUCAAUUGAGGAUAAAGUUUCAUUUAAAUGAUAAAAUUUAUAAAAUUAAUAAUUUUCAAAUUUUUACUAAUAUAACAAAUAUAUUAAAGUUUAAAUCAUUAAUUUUAAAAAAAUUCAAUUUAAUUAAUAUUUUGCAGUAUUAUGAAAUAAAAAUCUUUUAUUGGAUUGGUAAUAAAUUUUAUGAGAUUGAAAGUAAUGAAUCAUUAAAAUCAAUUAAUGACUACAAUUUUAAAAACGGGGAUAUAAUUGAAGUUUUUACUAAUUUUAUUUACUAA